UCCAGGAAAAUGGACGUGAAACAAACCUCACGUAACGGAACCAGGACCAAUUGGCUUCCAGGGUGGGCGGGACAGUAGCAGAUAACGGACCCAAAAAUCCCUCUGUCUGCUGCAGUUAACGUGCACCUCUGUUGAUAAUUGUGUGAAUUAUUAUCAGAAACAUUAUGAGUUGUUGUGUCUGCCCUCCAGGAAGACGACAAUCCCGGCUACCGAUGUAGAUACACGCUGAAUCAGCGAGAUGUCUCUGGCUCAGAGGGUUUUAUUGACCUGGGUCUUUACCCUGGUCUUCCUCAUCAUGCUGGUGCUGAAACUGGAUGGGAAGGUGCAGUGGAACUGGUUCCUCAUCUUCCUCCCGGUCUGGGUAUUUGAUGGCAUCCUCAUCCUCAUGCUUGCCAUAAAGAUGGCAGGCCGCUGCAAGCCCGGGUACGACCCCCGCAACGGCUCCCCCGACCUGCGUCUGCGGGCCUGGUACCUGACGGCCAUGCUGCUCAAGCUGGGCUUCUGCCUGACGCUGUGCGCCAAGCUGGAGAAGCUGGCCGAAGUAAAGCUGACGUUUGUGUGCAUACCGCUGUGGACCAUGCUGCUGGGGGCGCUGGUGGAGCUGGGGCUGAAUAUCUUCCCUGAGAGGAGAGAGGCCUAGGAGAGAGGGAGGAAACUAUCACAGAAACCAUUGAGAAUACAUUUGUGGUUGUAUGACCAGAUUACGUGGAUUAUGAGUUUUUGUUUUGUUUCCAGACAGGACUGAGGCUCAACAAGGAAUCAAACCUUUAUUUCAGAUAUAAGUACUCCAAAUCCAAACAAUAACAGACAUUGUGUUAAACAUUUAAAUCCUGGGGUAUUCAGACCUCAGGGGAGCAGCCUGUGAUGGCUUCAGCAUGGGAGGAACUUUAUCAUCUAAAAUGUUUAAAAUAACUGAAAAUCAAUGGCUUAUUUUUCCUUCCAAAGGAAAAUAAAUGCCACAAGGGGGUUAACUGUAAAUAUAUAAUAAGACUACUGUGAAAUCUACACUGGAAGAAGCGUAAACAUGUCACUUUUUUUAGAACAUUUUUCGUUUUGUUUUCCUGAAUUGUUUUCACUGUAGAUAAGCUUCCACUUUGGGAGGAAGUGAAAGUAUUUAGUUUUGUCUUCCUCUGCUUUAUUUAGCUGCAUGCUAAUCAUGCUAGGAACCAAAUCAUCGGCUGUACAUUUUGCUACGUAUGCUUCACAAACUGUCUAUACGCACAAAUACUCUUUCCUUUAAUCUCUGGGCUAUGCAGAGUAAUAGUCAGCCAUGUUAUUUCCCACUUUAUACAUUUGCUUUCUAAGUGCUUCUGACAGCAGCUUGGUUUGGCUGCAAUCACUUAAGGAAAUUGCAGGAUAUAAAACUAUCUUGGAACAACUCGUGAUUUUUCCGCAGCCUGCCCUCUCUGCUCUGCUCAAUGUCUCUUUUGUACCAUGUAAAUCAUCAUAAGCCCCAUCGGAAAUCAGUAAGCUGUUAUUACCGUAUGUACAAGGUCCAAGGCCGCUAGGAGAAACUCCAUGACAUGUAUAAUGAUAAAUAUCAUGUUCCCAGUGUAUAUUAUUAGGGUUUAUACAUGCAUCAGGAUACUUUCUCCCAGCACUGUUUAGUUUGAAAUGUCAGAUGUUCUGGUACGGCUAUGAGAGACGUUUGUAUUGUGCCAUUUUGUUUUCUAUGAAUAUUUCAAAAACAUUCUUUGCGUUAUUUUGCACUUUGUUAAAAUGAAAGAGGACGAGUUGUCGUACGGGCAAAAGUAUUUCAUAAUUGUUGCACGUCUUGUAAAAAAAUAAACCCAUCCUGAACAUUAAA